ACAAAGAUCCACCCAAAACAUCAAAAGUGGGCCCAAAUGCUGACGUGUACGGCAAAGAUACAACUCAAAAGUCCAGUGGACUAUAUUGCAUUUCAACUACACAAAAACAAUUUGGAUAAAAGAAGAAGAAGUAUUUUAUAAGGUUACAAAAUUUUAAAACACAACAUAAUGGCAAAACAGUCUUUUCACUUCCUCCACCCCUAAAAAAAAACCCGAUAUAAAUCAAAAAACACACAAUCAAAAAGUCUCCCCAACCUCCCCCCGCCCCCCUAAACCGAAAAAUAAUAGCCGCGAAGGUGUUACCAAAACCAAAAAUCGAAUUCUCAUACAAACAAUAUUUUCAUUAUUCAAAAAAAAAAAAAAAAAAAAACAUCGAUAAACCCUAAUUAAAUAAAAAAAAAAAAGUACUUGCCAGAAAAAUGGUGAUUAACUGAUUAUUAUGGAGAUUUAGAUUUGCAGACAUAUAUUAUGGAGGUUGAAGAAACGACGUCGUCGAAUAACGGAGAGUUGAAAGAGGAGAGAGAAUAUGAAGAUGAAGAAGAUGAAGAAGAAGUAUGGGGGACAUUAGAGGAGUUGUUAUUAGUAUGUGCAGUUAACCGCCAUGGAAGUAAAAGUUGGGACUCCAUAGCUAAAGAGCUUCAGAAACGUAUGAAACACUCUUCUUAUAACGAAGAGAAAAACAAGGAAAGUUUAUGUUUACUUUCGUCGGAAAACUGUGAGAAAAAGUACGUUCACUUAAAGCGUCGUUUUCGUUACGAAGAUGAGGAGGAAAAAAACGACGACGUUUUGCGUAUGGUAGAUGAGUUAAAGAAGCUUCGUGUACAAGAACUCAAGCGUCAAGUUCAUCGCCACGAUGUUUCGAUCGUGUCGUUGCAAUUGAAGGUGAAGAAGUUAGAGGAGGAGAGAGAAAGUAGUAAAGUGAAAGAAGAGGAAGAAGAAGAAGACGACGUAGAUCUGAGAAUAAAAACGGAGGAAAAUGCGACGAAAAUCGGCGAAAAACGAGAAAAAACGUCGAGAUCUUCGCCGGAGAAAGUUAUCACCGGUGACUCGGCGGAGAAUCGUUCGUGUAACGAGUCGAACUCAACGAAUCACCAAAAAACCGACAACAUUAAAGCUAAUACUACAACAAAGGAGAGAGAAUCAGCGAAAUUAAAGCUUGAACCGGACGAACCGGUCAAGAAUAAACCGGUUAACGACGCGAAGGUGAGUCGACUCACCGAGUUAGGUGAGUCGAUAUCCGAGUCGAGAAGGCAGCAAAGUAGUGACGUACAAAGUUCAGCUAGCUUGUCGAAAAAGAAACGACGUCGUUUUAGAGGCGGCGGUGAUAGCGGUGACGAGUUAGAGGCUGAGGAAGUUUCUCCUGCUAAUAAAAGGAUUAAUGUGAAAUCUCAGCCGUUGAUUAGGUUUUUGGAGAAUCUCCGGUCACAUAAACAUGGCUCUGUUUUCCAGCGCCGGUUACCUAGCCAGGAAACUGAAAAAUACCGAGAUGUGAUUCGCCAACACAUGGAUCUGGAUACUCUUCAAUCCAGACUUGAUAAGGGUAUAUACUGCGAUUGUCACCCCAAAUUUUACCGUGAUCUUUUACUUAUUUUCACCAAUGCAGUGCUCUUUUACCGCAAGAGCUCUGCAGAACAUAUUGCUGCAAGGGAACUGCGAAAGUUAGUAAUUGAUGAAAUUACCCAAAAAACCCGAAAGCCAAAAAUACAACCACGAAAACCCGACCCUGAACCACAACACCUUGAACCCGUGGUUAAGAAACCCAGAUCCUCCACAACCAUGGUUGUUUGUCGGAGGCGAAGCUCCAGCUCAAUGCAAGCAUUGUCGAAUUGCAUGAAGAAGGGAGAUACUAAUAAUAUUAUUAGUACUACAAAUAGUAAGAGUAAUAAUCCUAGUAGUAAAGUGGAGAAUGGACGUAAGGAGAUAAAGCCUGAUCAUCAUAUAAAGAAAGUUGAUGCUAGUAGUAAUAAUAAUAGUAAUAGUAAUAGUAAUAGCAAUAAGAAAGAGAAGGAAAGCGACAAAAGUGGUGGCGACGGUGGUGGUGGUGGUGCUCGGAUUGAUGGAAACUUGAAAAAGUUGCUUACAAAAGAGAGAUCGAAUUUGGGAAAUGGAAGCUUGCGAUUGAGUUAUAAUAAUGGCAAGAAGAUCAUAAGCAAAGAUGGUAAUAAAAGAGAGAAGAUGAGGAAUGUUAGCAAAGAGGAGAGCUCUAAUUCUGAGGGUGAGGGAGCUGAACUAGUGGAAAGAAAGAAGGUAAAUAACACAGAGCAAAAGCAAGAAAAAGGCACUCCAAUAGUUUUAAAAAAACAAGGGGUGGCAAAUUUUUUGAAAAGGAUGAAGCAAAAUUCGCCGUCAAGUCAAGAGAAGGUGAAGAAUAAUGAUCCGGUGGACGAGGACGAGGUUGAGGAUCAGGAGAGAGGUGGUAGAAAAGAAAAAAUACAAAGUGUUAAAAAGGCGGGUGGAAAUUUGAAGAAGAGUAUCAAAGAGCAUGAGGUGAAUGCAACAAGGCGGAGUUCGGGUAGGAGAGGAGAUAAGGAAGCAGAAAUGUCAAGGAGAGGGAUUGGCAGGCCUCCGAAACGAAAGGCGGCGAUGAUGAGUGGUAGUACGCCGGAUUCGACGAAAAGAGGAAGAUCCGGUGGUAGGGAUAGUGGUGAAAAAUUGAAGAAAAAACCUCGAAGGUGAUAUAAAAAUUGGGUUUAGUUUAUAUUGGUAGUUUGUAGUUUGUAGUUUUGUUGUACAUUAAACCUAUUAUGGUGUUCUUUUGGAGGUUUCUCCUUUGCUGUUUGUUGUAUACAAAGAGGGCUCAUCAAGGCCUUCAUUAGGCUUUAGUUGUUGGAAUAGGAAGAAAAAAGAGUUGUUUUUAGGAUAGUUUUAUGAAAGCAACUUUCAAUUUUUAUGGUAUCAUGAUUUUAUGGUUUA